ACUGUUCCUGUACAGCUGAAGACAAAAGGAAGAGAGAACGCUACAAUGUCUCCUGAGGUUGCCUUGAACAGAAUUUCUCCUGCUCUUUCACCAUUCAUUUCGAGUGUGGUGAGAAAUGGAAAAGUAGGCCUGGAUGCUACUAAUUGUUUACGAAUUACAGACCUGAAAUCUGGCUGUACAUCCUUGACACCUGGACCUAGCUGUGAUCGGUUUAAGCUGCAUAUUCCUUAUGCUGGAGAAACACUCAAAUGGGAUAUAAUAUUCAAUGCUCACUAUCCUGACCUGCCACCAGAUUUUAUCUUUGGAGAGGAUGCUGAAUUUUUGCCAGAUCCUUCUGCCUUGCAUAAUUUGGCUUCUUGGAAUCCUUCAAAUCCUGAAUGCCUCCUGCUUGUUGUGAAAGAGCUUGUGCAGCAGUAUCAUCAAUUUCAGUGCAGCCGAUUACGUGAGAGCUCACGUCUCAUGUUUGAGUAUCAGACUUUACUUGAAGAGCCCCAGUAUGGAGAAAAUAUGGAAAUCUAUGCUGGCAAAAAAAAUAACUGGACUGGUGAAUUCUCAGCUCGCUUCCUCUUGAAGUUGCCUGUAGAUUUCAGCAAUAUUCCUACGUAUCUUCUCAAGGAUGUGAAUGAAGAUCCUGGAGAAGAUGUUGCACUUCUCUCUGUUAGUUUUGAGGAUGCAGAAGCUACUCAGGUUUUUCCUAAGCUGUAUCUCUCUCCACGCAUUGAACAGUAAGUGAGACAGUUUGUUCUGAAAUGUUUUUUUGUUUCAUCUUUGAACUAUUCAUACUUUCCCUGAGAAAUGUUGGCUAGGUAUAUGGUCAUAUUGCUUUAAGCUGCUUAAACUCAUAAUGUUUACUGUGUGUGCGUGCGUGGUGGAGAAAUGACAGAUCUUCUUGCUUGUUCUGUGUCUGACUGGAUCACAUAUGGAUGAAGAAAUUAUUGGCCACGUCUAGUACCAUUUUAAUCCAUGAAGAGUAUCAUGCUGAGUUUUCCUGUAGCAUUAUGUUUUGAGUGUCUCCUAUGGUACAACGCACUGAUAUCUUUUUUGUGGAGUAAUAUUUAAUUAUGAUGCAUACAUAUAAAUGCUCAUAUGUGUAUGGGUAAGUUCUCUGAGUAUAUGUAACUCUUUUGGUUAAAGAGCUGUAGAAGGCCAAGGGCUUUUUAAACUGUGUUUUAUGAAUUUGCAUCUUUACAAAGUUACUUUUUUCCAGGAGAAUAUCUGAAUAUUUAAUUUUAAGGUUGUUGGACAAUGCAGUUGACAAAUACCAUUGCUGAAAAACUCCUAAAAUGGAAGGCAGUCAGUCCAUUUUCAUUAAAUUGUUCUUCAGUUUCUGGAAUUAAGAAUGCCUUAGUGCUCCUCCUAUUUUAGUGCAUUAUCUGCUUCAAAAUGUAACAAUAUUAGACUUUUCAAGUAUUCACCAGUCAAGGUAAUCUAACACAAUUUCAGUAAUAUUUUGUUUUUCUGAUCAAUAUUGCAGUGACUUUCCUUUGAACUGGUGAUAGCAGUUCCUGGUAGAGAAGUUGAGGUUUCACUCAGCAGGGUAUUGGUCUGGAUAAGAUGCUGGGUGCCAUUUAGAAAAACAAAUUCAAGAUUUAGAUUUAGAUAAAGACAAAAGAUUUCCAAUUUUUUUUUUUAUUUUAAGAAAAUGUAGAUUACAUGCACACUUGUUAAUAUACAUACACGUGAAUAAGAUGCUUAGCAACUUUUCAAUUUUUAUAUUCUUGUCAAUUCUCUACCUUUUAUCAACAGUUGAGAGCAUAAUUGUACUCAAACAUGUGGUUAUCCAUCAGUGUUCCAAAGGAUUCUUUUCUCAACUGCUGCUAAUGGCAGAUGGGCUGUCACUAGUUUCUGUUGUGUUUUCAGCUCUAGUCACAUGUUGACUGUUAACUGUAUUUUAGGCCACUCAGGUAUAUGUAAAUGACCUUUGUGCUAAUUAAUGUAUUGCUGAUUUUUUCCUUUUUCCAGUAGUGUCGUUAGGAAGAUGUUAACCUCUUGAGUAGCAGAGCAGAAUAGCAAUACAAAAAUGCACUUUGCUUUCCAUAAAAUAUUGUAUUUUCUUUCAGUGCCCUAAAGAACAUCUGAUUUUAUUGUGCUGUGUACAGCAGUAUAACAGAAUGAUAUUUGGAUGGUGUUAAUACAUACCUGAUAAAUGACAUAUUUAUUGCUUUGUAAUUUAUAUCUUACAAAGUCUUUUUAAAAAUCAUACCAGUAUUACCUGAAGUUCCAUGCCAUGCCUUCUCAUGUUAUCUGUAUAUCAAUCUUGGAGAUACUGCACCCAGAAAGCAUGGCUCUGUUUCAAUCUGUCCUUGUUUAAAAAUGUUCAUCAUGGUGUCUAGAUAUUGGUAAGCCAUAGUUACCUAAGAGUUGAGAGGGAAUGAGAUUGAUUACUUAUGAUUCAAGUUCACUGUUACUUUUCAAAGUAACCUAAUGCAGUGUUAAUGUAAUCAGCUUUUACUAUUUCAUGGCAUAAUGUCUCUUACUUCCAGCGCAAGUAGAUUUGCUUGAUUGUGAGCUGCUACACUUUCCUGUAUUAUACUGGCUACUUUUUUUUCUGUGAAAAAAUGCAUAGGUAUGUUUUCAGUGUUUGUUCAAUUGAGCUAUAAUAACAAAGACACGUUUGUCUUUUGCUCUUUCCCAAACCAAUCUCUGUUCUGUUUAGCAGAAGCUGACAGUCCAGAUAUUUAACUUUCCAAUGUUUGGGAACUGAAGCAACAAUGCGUACUUCUUUAUACUUUUUGCCAAAAGUACAAAAAGCCUCAAAGGGCCCUGAGGAUUAAUUUUAAUGACUUGAGGCCAUGGCAUUUUACAUUUGAAUUGUGUUCUGCUUAUGAAAGUUCUUUCCCGCUGCUAACAAUAAUUGCAUCUACAAGCACCAUGUAAGCAAAUUACUGGUGUAUUUUUUUAUGCAUCAGAUUUUGAGGUAGAAUAAUUAGUAUUUGACAGUUCCACCCAUAACCUUCCCAAGUAUUAAAUAAAACAGGAAAAAUACCAAAUUCCCACAAUUAUUUUGUUAAUACUAAUUCUGUUCACCUUAGGAAGAACAAGCAAACAGGAAUAGCAUUGUCUUGAUGUAUAAAAAACAUUUGCAGAUAAAAAUGCUUCAGCUUUGGAGAGAAAUAAGAGUAAACUGUCUGCGUAAAAUGAGUUAUCUCCAGCUUUCCCAAGAGAUUUCAUUGCUUUUGUGAUCCACCAUAUAAAUAUGUGUUCCUACAUUUUCUAAAAAUGACGCUUACCCACAGAUCUUGUCAGCAAAUUUGAGCCCUAGCAAUAUGAAUAUAGUGUUUUUGUUUUGAAGUGUUAUUGUAAAGCACAUUUGAUCUAUUUUUAGGUGAAUGGUAAACAUAGUACUAGUAAGACUGAUUGCUCAUUGUCAGAGACUCUAAGAGAUUUGUGAAGUGUGGGAAAUACCCAUUUUUUAUGGUUUGGAGAUAAGAUGCUAGAUUUGAAAAAGGUUGUCUUUUAGCAGGAGAUAAAAAUGCAGUGCAAAGGUAUUUGUUGUACAGGUGUCGAUGUUGGUAUUCCAUUGACUUCACUGCAAAGAGUGUUAAGUCCAGGUCUUACAAUUGAAACACAAGCAAACGAAAAACCCUCAGAACCAGCUCGUAGGGUUGGGAAGCAUGUUGGUUUGUAAACAUCUCAACAACAGUUAAACAUAACUAUGCGUGAUUUAAUUCUUUCAUUAAAACUUCUGCAUUUAAAAGCACUCCUUUAAAUAUCAAUCAUUUAAAACAUGUUAACCACAAUUGCUUAUUAAUAUAUCCUUACUUUGAAAUCAGUCGCUUAUGUUUUUAUUUUCUUUAACAAUUCUUAUUCUUCAUUACAUUACGUCAGUAGACAGACACAGAGCUAAUAACAGUUGCUUUUAAUGAUUUUAAAAGGUAGAUUCAGUCAGAGUGACACAUGGGAUACUGAUUAUACGUUACAGUUUAGAUAAUAUAUAUAAUAUAUGUAAACACAACCAGAAAGAAAAAAAAAA